AUGUUUAUCCGUAUAGCGAAGGACAUACAAACCUUUGAUGCCAUACAACCAUUACCGCCUCACUUUCAAUACUUUCACAAUCCCCCUGUCGAUGUUGCAGGUGUUUCCACUUUAAACAUUUUUCAAAAAUGUACUUCCGUUGUACGCCAGCUGGCGUACGGUGCUUCUGCCGGCCAACUAGAUGAGUAUUUGGAAAUGGGUCGACAAACGUCAUACGAUGCUAUGAACAACUUUUGUAAGUGCACCAUUCAAUUGUAUCACAAUGAGUAUAUGAGAAAACCGACCCAAGAAGAUGUUAAUCGAGUGACUGCGAAGCAUUUGGAGGUGCAUGAAACUGCCCCACCGCAUGGCAAGGCCAAUACACUCGUGGCGACUGGCGACAAAGGACACCCCACAAUCAUGCUUGAAGCUGUUGCUUUAUAUGAUUUGUGGAUUUGGAAUGCUUACUUUGGACCAGCCGGUUCGAACAACGACAUAAACAUACUCAAUGAAUCUGACUUGUUCGACCAGCUCCUUGAAGAUAGAGCUCAUGUGGUCAACUUUAUCGCUAACGGCGAGCAGUUUACAAAGGGGUAUUAUCUAGCCGACGGUAUUUAUUCUGAAUGGUCUACACUCGUGAAGUCUUUCAAGUGUCCCAUGGACCCCAAGACGACAAAAUUCAAGCGCUAUCAAGAAGCUGCAAGGAAAGACGUAGAACGUGCAUUCGGGGUGCCUCAAGGUCGUUUCCAUAUCCUCACUCACGGAGCGCGUCCAUUGAGCAUCAACAAAAUUAAGCGUAUGAUGUACAGUUGUGUGAUUUUGCACAACAUGGUUGUUGAUUAUAACAGUCGUGCAAUUAGUCCAUUUGAUCUGGAGUUAAUUCCGGAGGAGAGACCAGUUCGUACUUGGGACCAACGAGUGGGAACACAGUUAUGUAUGAUGGGGGAGUUACGUGAUCGACUGACGCACCACCGUCUUAGCGGCACUCCAAUCGAACACAUCUGGAACUUGCCUGCACAACAACGUCAACGUUGA